AUGGUCCAACUCGCCCACAUCUUCAAAAAGGAUAAGGAUAAGGAGAAGACUGAGAAGAACCCUGAUAUACGUCCCCGUUCCUUCUCCGCUCGCACAUCUCCUACCUCCAAAUCCUCAUCUCCGUCUAAAUCCUCUUCCCCCACCAAAUCUACCAAACCCUCCAAAUCUUCCAAGUCCUAUUUUUCCCACAGUCGGUCAUCCUCCAACUCCGGACCGACCGCCAAUUUCAAGUCUCGGUCUUCGCGUGAUCAGGACGUACACCCACUUAAUCUUCCACCUGACGAGUUACGUCGUCGAUUGUCCGCUAUGGCAGCAUCCAAUGAAGAGCAGCGGAGCUCAAUGGAUAUCGAUUCUCAGGAACCUCAGAAUAAUGGCGUGAAAGGCACUGAGGAACGGAGUCCGACCCCGCCACCGCAUCUGCCGAAUUCAACUUCUGCCGACGAGGCCGACUCCUUCAAGCUGGCCGGAAACAAGUUUUUCAAGGAUGGCAACUAUCGACGAGCUAUCGAAGAAUACACUAAGGCCAUCGAGAUCAAUCCUAACUCAUCGGCCUAUCUCUCUAACCGAGCGGCGGCCUACAUGUCCGCUAAACAAUUUGUCAAUGCGCUUGAGGAUGUUCAGCGCUCCAACGAGCUCGACCCUAACAACCCAAAAAUCAUGCACCGAUGGGCUAAGAUCCUGACGAGCUUGGGUCGACCCGCAGAGGCCCUCGAAGUGCUGUCACGAAUUCAGCCACCAGUGGCCGCCACUGACCGGGCCGCCGCAGAGAAGAUGCUGCGCUUCGUGAAACAAGCCGAAGAGACAUUAGCAGAAGACCGCGGUGUGUCAAUGGUAAUCUAUUGUCUAGACCAGGCUCGACAAGGGCUUGGACAAGGUGUCAAGGAGCCUCGAAAGUGGACUUUGUUGGCCGCCGAGGCUCAUCUGAAGUUGAACAACGUCAACUCGCUAGGCAAGGCCCAGGACAUUGCAAUUUCUUUGCUCCGCGAAAAUAGCCAGGACCCGGAUGCCAUGAUGAUCCGUGCUCGCGCCUUCUAUGCCCUCGGUGAGACCGAGCAGGCGCAGAAGCUUCUGAAGCUUUGCCUCGGGCUGGACCCAGACAUGAAGCAGGCCAUCAAGCUGCUGCGCGUUGUGCAGAAGCUGGCUCGCACAAAGGAGGAAGGAAACACUGCUUUCAAGGCCAAGGAUUAUCACCGUGCUAUCGAGCUUUGGACCCAGGCUCUCGAGGUUGACCCUUCUAACAAGGAUAUGAAUGCCAAGAUUCUGGGUAACCGUGCUCAGGCGUAUAUCAAUUUGAAGGAGUAUGAUUCGGCCAUCCAGGAUUGUACCGAAGCCCUCCGCCUUGACCCCGGCUAUGUCAAGGCUAUGAAGUGCCGUGCCAAGGCCAACGGCAAGGCCGGUAACUGGGAGGAGGCUAUUCGUGACUAUAAGAGCGUUGCUGAGAACAACCCCGGCGAGAGCGGCAUUCAGGAGGAGAUUCGCGAAGCUGAAUUCGAGCUGAAGAAGUCCCAACGCAAGGACUAUUAUAAGAUUUUGGGGGUCGAAAAGGAUGCCAGCGAUCAGGAGAUCAAGAAGGCCUACCGCAAGCUGGCUAUUCAAUACCACCCAGAUAAGAACCGCGACGGUGCAGCGGGCGAUGAGAAGUUCAAGGAAAUUGGUGAAGCUUAUGAGAACUUGAUUGAUCCUCAGAAACGUGCUGCCUUUGACAACGGAGAUGAUCUGAGGGACCCAGCUGAUAUGUUUGGCGGCGGCGGCUUCCACGGUGGCGGCUUCCACAGCGCAGGCGGCUUUGGCGGCGGUGGUGGUUUCCCUGGCGGCGGCUUUGGCGGCGGCUUCGGUGGCGGCGGUUUCGGUGGCGGCGUUCAAAUCGACCCCGAAAUGCUCAAAAACAUGAUGAACGGCGGUGGCGGCUUCGGUGGUUUCUAG